CUGUGUCGUUGGUUGUGUUCGUGAAAUGGUUAGUCGUUGGUUGACUUCUAAGAAUAAGAAGUUCUAAACAAAGGUUUAUUUUUAUUUAAAUGGCUAUUUUUAAUGAGAGUAUUAAUUUAUGAUCAUAUUUAGCACAAAUGAACUGUUCUGAACAUAUUGUAUCCUUUCAAAUCUUUUCAUUACAUUUUAUUAUAGAAGAAAUUUGCCUAAGAAAUUCGUCUUCUGUUUUUUUGGGUAAAAACAACUCAGCCUCACCUUUAUGUCCUCAUUAUAAUACAAGUAUGUACUCUAAUAACAAAGGCUAAUGGUUCCCUUCAAAUAGCAAGUCAACCAAUCAAUCCCAUCUUUCCCCUUAUUUUUCUCUCUUUCUGACCAAAUUAUUACCACCCAAAAAAAAAAAGUCAAAAUAAAAUCAAUGGGGGACAAGAUGGCGGCGGCAACCCCGACGGUGGUGAAGAAGGUUACGAGAUGGGUUCGCAGCCGAACCGUGAGGCAGCAAGUGAGCAUGGGCGCCGUUGCAGCGUUAGGAUUGCUGGUGUUGUUGAAAAUAUUUGUGAAAAGAGAAACACAUUUCUAUCUUGCUGCACAAACAUCUCAUGCUGUUGGCAUUUUACUCUUAAUUUACAAGCUUACCAUCACCAAAACCUGUUCUGGUCUAUCAUUGAAGACUCAGGAGCUUACGGCGAUAUUCUUAAUCAUGAGAAUUAUAUGUUACUUUACUCUUUUGCGUGAAAUUCACUUUGUAAUUGAUUCUAUAAGCCUGUGUUCUACUCUGUGGGUGAUCUAUAUGAUGCGGUAUAAGUUGAAGAACACCUACAUGCAAGAGCUUGACACCAUGCCUUUGUAUUAUGUGUUGGUGCCUUGUGCCGUAGUUGCAGUCGUAGGCCAUCCAGGAUGGAAAGUUGACAUUGUCAUCAGACUUCUCUUCAUGUAUUUUUCGACAAUUGAAGCUGUUUCAGUGCUCCCUCAGCUUCGCUUAAUACAAAAUGCUAAGAUGGUUGAACCAUUUACUGCUCACUAUGUCUUUGCCUUGGGUGUUGCAAGAUUCUUCUCAUGUGCAAAUUGGAUUAUCCUGAUUAUAAACACCAAAGGAGAUUUACUAACGCAAAUAGGGCAAGGACAUCUUUAUUUACUAGUAAUUCUUCUCUCUGAAGCGGUUCAAACUUUCAUCUUGGCGGACUUUUGUUACUACUAUGUCAAAAGUGUGAUGGACGGACAACGCACGAUGAGGCUGCCAUCAUUGGUCUGAGGUUGAUAUUGUUCAUGGAUGAUCAAGUUUCUUAGCUGCACCCUUGCUUUGUUUCAAUCCCUGCUAUAUUCUCUGUAUAUUUGACAGCAACAUCGACUUGUAUGUUUUCUGCCUCAAAUUUUUUAGUUAGAUUCAGAAUAUUCUUUUAGCAAAUUGAUCAAACAUCAAUAAGAAAUAAAGAAUAUUGCAUAUGUAAAGUUGUAAACUUCAAUAUUGAUUGAGGCGAGCCUCUAUUACACACCCAGAUGUAUGGUCAGUACAGACGUAUCGUGUUACCAAAAUGUGACAUGUACCAAGAACCCUAAAACUAUUUUUCGCUACUCCGUGUAGUUGAAUUUGUACAACACGAGCAUGUAUAUAAAAUUAUAAAUACUUAUUGUCGAGCCGUCUA